CAUCAGCACGCAGGCGCGCAACGCGCACGCGUUUUAUUCUCUCAGCGGUCUUUAAGUGUUUACGUUAGUCGGUUGCAGCAGCUUUAUCUUAUACCGCUCGCAGAUCUCAAGCGUGCAUUCCAAAAAGUUUUUACAAUCAUUUUUCAAUUUGACAUCAUUUUUAUUUUCAAUAUUCUGUCCUCAACUCAUAGCUUUUGUUCUAUUGGGUGAAACUAAAAAAUGUUGACCAUGACUUGGCAAAUGAGGAUCCUUUUGGUAACCGCGUGUCUGGCCACCGCGUAUUCCGUGCCAGCCGGAAUUCUUACCCUCGGGAACGAGUGCAGUAAGGACAGAGAUUGCGAGGCUGGUAUAAGCAACAGCCAGUGCCGAUCUGGGAAUUGCCGGUGCCGUCCUUUCUUCGCCGAGUACAAUCUCACCGAGUGUUUGGAAUCAACGCUUCUGGGCUACGAUUGUCUCGUGAAAGAUCAAUGCGCCAUGAAGGUAGCUCACAGCAACUGUCUAGCUGGAGUCUGCAGAUGCGAGGAAGGUUAUUUGCAGUUCCGAAAACACACGUGUCUCGGACCCGCUCGGCCUGGCGACGUUUGUUACAGCCACUCGCACUGUCAUCUCUGGGACAGCGACACUCAUUGCGAUUUCAUAAUCCCUGAUCUAUUCGGACGAUGUCAAUGCACCUCGCCGAUGCGUCGGGACGGCGACGUCUGUCGGCCGGAUUUCCUGGUCAGACCACAGCAAGUCCCUCUUCAGUCGAGCAACGACGUUCCGGAGAGCGUGGAGGAGGAAACGAUCGCCAUCCAUGACGCUGACGACGACGACGACGACGACGAGGAGGAAACAGGUGUUCAAGUAUUCUGGCUGAAGAACAUAUCUGCGGUUCCUUCCACUACUCCCUUCAGGCAAAUCGUACCUGCGGUAACUACGACGGUUCUACCAAACCUCGUCCAGUCAGCUCCGGAAACUCCGGCACCGAACCAAUUUCCUGGUGCUGACAACGAAGCUGUCGUCGUCGAAGCUGCAGAGACUACCGAGUUUUUACAAACUACGUCGACUUCCACAUCGGCACCGAUCAAGACGGACAGACACGAGCCGGAAAGCACAAUGGCGAUAAGUUUGGGCCUGGCAUGCACCGCGGACAUAGAAUGCCAGAUGGCGGAUUCGGGUUCGCGAUGUCUGGAGGGUGUCUGCGACUGCGCGAUCCGCGGUAACGGAAGUUUCGCCUGCGGGGCGCAGAGGACCGGAUGUGCACCCGGGACCUUCCAGUGUCGCGGUACCGGGCAGUGCAUCAGCUGGUUCUUCGUCUGCGAUGGUCGUCCGGACUGCGCCGACGGAUCGGACGAGGAAUGCAGAUCCGAACGAUGUCCGAGCCAGGCGUUCAGGUGCUGGAGAAGCGGAGUCUGCGUAUCGAAAGCCGGCGUUUGCGACGGGAACCAGGACUGUCCGGACGGGGAGGACGAGGACGGCUGCAACAGCCGAAGAAAGUGCCCGAAGGGCGCGUUCAGAUGCAACAGCGGCCAGUGUCUGCCUGCUUAUGAAUUUUGCAACGCCAUGGUGAUGUGUCGGGACGGCAGCGACGAGCCUCGUGGGGCCUGCAGAACCCGGAAUCGUGGAAGACUCGCACCUCGGCUGUGUCCUUUCCGAUGCGACAACGGACGGUGCAGAUCCGAUGCUAUCGCGUGCAGCGGUCGAGACGGAUGCGGCGACGGAUCCGACGAGAAGAGCUGCUCCGUAUGCAGAUGUCCUGCGUCGACAUAAUCUUGACUGGAUACCACGCGGCGCGAUAACGAUAAUUGUGUAAGAAUGAGAGGAUGUUAUACCGAUAUGCAUGAAAUAUUAAGAUUACUAUCAUCACGCGAAAUGUGAGUGUAGAU